GCAACGGCCGGGACGGAACGUUACAAGCUGGGCGUGCUGGUUUCCUUAGAAACGGAGCCGGGCCGGGGAGGCGGUGGAGAAACGUCGACUGCAGUGGGGCCCCUGGUGAAGCCAGGAUGCCGUCUAAGGGAAAGGACAAAAAGAAAGGCAAGAGUAAAGGCAAAGACAAAGACAAGAAGAAGAUAAUAAAAGCUGAUGAAUCUACAGUGGACAGAGCCAAGGCCAAUGCCUCCCUUUGGGAGGCCAGGCUGGAAGUCACAGAACUCUCUAGGAUUGAGUAUCGUGAUACUUCCCGGAGACUGGCAAAAAGUAAUGAGGACUUAAAGAAACAGCAGUAUAAAAUGGAGAAAGAUACAAUGUCUGUAUUAAGUUAUCUGAAGAAGCAGGAUCAGGAGAAAGAUAAUAUGAUUGAAAAACUGAAACAGCAAUUGAAUGAAACAAAGGAAAAAGCCCAAGAGGAGAAGGAAAAAUUGGAACAAAAGUAUACUGUGCAAAUAAAUGAGCUGGAGGGACAGUUCCAUCAAAAAGCUAGAGAAAUUGGCAUGAUUCAGACAGAGCUGAAAUCAAUAAAACAAUUCCAGAGGAGAAAAAUCCAAGUGGAGAAAGAAUUAAAUGAUUUGAAGGAGAAUUUAAGGAACACAGAGCGGAAACAUCAGGAGACUCUUAGAAGAUUGGAGGGCAAGUUUUUUGAAGAAAAGCACCGAUUAGAACAAGAGGCUGAAAAGAAGAUAAUAAUGCUGGCAGAGAGAGCUCACCAUGAAGCUGUUGUGCAAUUGAACAAUGCUGGAAGAGCUGUUUUUAAAGAGAAUGUUUAUCUCCAGAAAGCUCUCGCAUACCAUCUGAAGGAAGCUGAUGCUCUACAAAAAAACUCCCAGAAGUUGCAAGAGACUCAGACUUUCCUUUUACAUCAAAAGGAGAUCAAUGAUCUGUUGGUUAAGGAAAAGAUUAUGCAACUUACCCAGCAAAGAUUGCAAAUCCAAACUCUUCAGAAGAAGGUGGUAAACUUGGAGACUGCCCUGAGUUGUAUGACCAGAGAGUUUGAGAUUGAAGUUUGUAAAAUGCAGCAACAGACAAUGAUAGAGAACAAAGCAGGGCUGGUUGAAAUUGACAAGCUGCAGCAACUUCUCCAGAUGAAGGACAGAGAACUGAAUCGAGUAAAGAAGCUGGCCAAGAACAUACUGGAUGAGAGAACAGAAGUGGAAAGUUUCUUUUUAGAUGCUCUACACCAAGUGAAGCAACAGAUCCUAUUUAGCAGGAAGCAUUAUAAACAGGUAGCUCAAGCUGCUUUCAAUUUUAAAAUGAGAGAGGCAUGUGCAGGAAGAACAGAAUAUCCCAAAAUCCGAACGUUUGAUGGCAAAGAGCACAGCACCAAUAGUGUGAAUCAAGAUCUUAUGGAGGCUGAGAAAUGGACCGAUAUUCAAGGAAAUGUGGAUAUUGGAGAUUUGACCUGGGAGCAGAAGGAGAAAGUCUUGAGAUUGCUUUUUGCAAAAAUGAAUGGUUUUGUUCCUAGGAAAUACAGCCAGCGUUCUAGGCCCCCAAUUCCAGACCAUGUUAUUCCUGAUGAUGGAGAGAUAAAGGAAUUUGGGGAUGACAGUAAGCUUCAAGAUCAAACCUUCAUCACUCAGCAAGUACCAAUCUCAGACUCUUCUGGUGAAGUGAUGAUACCCAAUAUUCAGAAAGGAUCACGAGAGUCUGACAUAGGGACCUCCUGACAAGUGCUGCUGAACACGCCCCACAAAAGCUACUGGCAGGCCCUUCCUUGCAGAAUCCUUGUUCCUGAGUAUGUUCAAGAAACUUUCUUAGAGGAAAAAAUGUUUUCUUACAGUUACCUGUUUGCCAUAGAAAUUGGUGUCUCCCCUGAAGGAAGAUCGCGAGCCGGUGAAUGAGAACAUUGGCAAAGGCACUGGAAUAGGGACAUUCACCCCCACCUAAAGCAGAACAAAUCCACAUCCAGUAAAAGAAAAGGACUCAAACAAAGGAACUCGCCAUCUAGAAGCACAAAUGCCUGACAUCACAGAGACCAGUUUUAAAUACCCCAACUUCUACCCCAUCCUGCAUCCCAUGCAUGAACUUUGAUUCCUAAGGAAGAAAUGGGGCAUCAUGGGAAAUGAGAGGGGCAGCGACUGAUCACUUUACCAUCUCCCUUAGAUAGGAAACAGUACAUGGCUACAAGAAUCUCCUAAAAAUCCUGUUCACAAACCUGUCCAACGUCCACCAGGUGGGAAUAUUUCCGAGCGGUGGCUCCAUUCGUGGUGAAGAUAGCAGUUCCGUUUCCAUAUGGAUUGUCAUUUACGAUCUUGAUGGCUUCAUCCAAAGUGUCUGUCUCCAGAACCACAAGAACUGGACCAAAAAUCUCCUCUUUGUAACAGGUCAUAGUUGGCUGCCAGGAGUGAUGCAUCCAGAAAAGAAGUCAGUACUUGAUGCUUAUCUGGUACUUUAUUACCCACUGUUUACAUGGACAGCUUUCUUGUUAGGAACCUCUCUUCAUUUUAAACCACCUUUAAAAAAAAAAGUCCUUUCCUGCUGUGUUCCAUCUUCCAAGCUGCCAAUCAUAUAAACAACUUGAAACUCCUAUUAACAACAAUUACACUCCUGUCUUUUAAGCCCUGUAGUUUUAGAUUCCAUGACCCAUCACUAGUUUCCUCUUUUAUACCUGCAUAACCUGUUUAUACAAUUGUUAUGUUACUGAAAGUUACAUGAAAAUUCAUUUUUUAUAAAUCAAAUAUAUGUUGAAAA